AUGGCCCUGUUUCACGAUGAAAUGCGCUGUAUACUUGUUUGUGCUAUCCUGGGCUAUGCGACGGCCGUCGAACUGUUUGGAAGGGAUCAGUCAUCCGCAGUAAGAGGCAAGCUAAUUUGCGAUGGAAGACCAGCUGCUGGAGUCAAAGUCAAAUUGUGGGAUGUUGACCGAACGGACAUGGACGACCUGAUGGACGAGAAAACGACAAACAGUAAUGGCGAAUUCCAAUUAUCCGGAUGGACGAAGGAAUAUACCACGAUUGACCCCAAGCUCAGCAUCUACCACGACUGCAAUGACGGCAUCAAGCCCUGUCAACGGAAGUUCUCCAUCCUGAUUCCCGACAGCUAUGUAAGCCAUGGUAAAGUACCGAAAAAGAUUUACGACGCCGGCACGAUCCAGCUAGCCGGUUCAUUCCCUGGUGAAAGCAGGGAUUGUCUCAAUUAA